GGGACGCAAAAAGAAGAAACGUCUCGAUGAGUCACUCAGUCACUGAUAAAUGCUCCCUCUCUCUCUCUCUCUCUCUCUCUCUCUCCUGUCUUUCAACUGAGGAACAGCAAGUAAACCGCUCAAACCUUCUCUACAAAAACACAGAGGUCUCACCGGCGGUGUGUGCACUGCUCCGACGUCGUUUUGCUGGCCGGACUCCGGUUUUUGUGUGUUGAAAAUGUGAGUCAACAUAGUGGAAGAAAUAGUGAGUGUGGAAUUGCAGCAAGAUUUCAUUGUGAAACGUUAAAUGUCAGGGACCAAAGCGCUUUUAACAUACAAGCGAAAGCGGCGAUCAAGAAAAGCUCUUGAAAAGGGACAUGAUUGCCAUAAUUCACUUUUUGUGGCUCUGAGUGACACUUCUCUAAGUAGAGAAGACUUGCAACUUCGUUUAAUUGAUAAUAGUGCACCAGAAGACUAUGACAGAAAUGAUUCUUCAAUACCUGAGCCAAUACGAAAAUCAAGCAGACUGGAGAGUCUCGAUGAGGGUCUCUCCCUUCACAAGAAAGUUGGCUCGUCCUCAAAUACUAAUAGUGAAGCAUUGGUUGACGAUGAUAAUGCUGGAGGGAAGUUAGUUUCCGGGUUGAUGGGGAAUGCUACUGAAAUGACCGCUGAUUUUGUCAGGCCGAGAUCAUCAUCAUUUGAAAAAAAAGGCACCUCUAAAUGUGAUGGUAUUUUGCUAAGAUUGAAUGCAUCAAACUUGGAAGUGACUGAUCCAUUCUCUAAAAUUAAGGCGGAUAACUUAUGCUGCGAUUCAGCUGUGCAGACCAAGUCGACUGCCCCAUUAAUUACUUUCUGCCGAAGGAAAAAAAGAAUAAAGGAUAUAGAUAAGUCUGAUAUACAAAGCAAAUCUGUGCCUGCAGAAAAUGAUUGCUCAUUGGUAACCAAAUUGUGUAAUUGUGUUUGUGCUAGUGCCGCUUCGUGCGAAGAAACUUCCCCUGAAAAGUGCUCCAUAGAUCAUGAGACAGAUUUGAAGCACUCCAGAGACAAAGCUCAAGUUUUGUCAAGUAAUGAUCUUAAAGCGACAGAACUCCCUUGUGUAGGCCAAUCACUUCCUUUUUUGCACCUGUCCGUUAUCCCAACCAAUUCAUGUGGCACCGACUGCAAUUUUGACUUAAACUUGAGUCCUCAACAGCAACCUAAUAUUGCUGCGCCAAAAACUACGGGGGGCUCCUUGGAUUCUACUAGCCGAAAUCAUGCCGCUGUAUUACAUGAACUGUCUCCUCCACAAAUGCCGGCUGUGAGAAAUGAAAGAGUAGAAACUCGAGCUUCACAAUUACACAGAGAUGCAUUUGAAUUUUUAGAAGUUGGUGCCUGCUGCAAAGAUAAUGAUGAUAAAGUUGGUCCUCUGCUUUCCGAGGAAUUUACUUCCAAAAACAAAUGUCUGCCGCUGUUUCCAGAAGAAAAAACCAGUGACAUUUUUUGCCCGGUGAUAACACAGCCUGAGGUACCUGCUUCUAUAGCUUCAGAACGGAGAAAAGUUCUUCAGUUGGGAGGCCAGAAUAAUCAACCAAAACAAGGAUCUCCUAUAUUUUUGGGUCUAUCCUUAACCGAAAAACCUGUACUUGCAGGAUGUGCUGCCAAUACCUGCUUCAAUACAUCUCCCUUCUUGAACUCCAUCAUUGGAACAAGAGAAUUCAUCCGAGAUGCAGCGCUCCAAUCUUCCUCAAGCCAUUUAUCAUCAGUUUUGAAACACAAGAUUAUGCAUGACAGUGUUGUAAGCCAAGCAAGAGCUUUGAAUGAAAGGGGUAGUUUUCAUGACAAUUAUAUGCCAUAUAAUACCAUGUGGUCUGAAGAAGAGUUGGAUUUUCUAUGGAUGGGCGUGAGGAGAUAUGGACGGGACAAUUGGAAUGCUAUGUUAAGGGAUCCAAGGUUGCACUUCUCACCAUGGAGGGUGGCAAGGGACUUAGCUGAGAGGUGGGAAGAGGAACAGUCAAAACUUUUUAGUGGUUUAUGUGUUCCACAAUUAGGAUGCAACUACUUCUCGGGUCCAAAAAGAAGAAUAUGGAAAGAAAAUACAACAGACAUAACCCAAGUUUCACUUGGCGAUGUUGAUGCUCAUAGAGGAGGUAAUGCCUCGAGGAGGCCACUAUUCAAGUCGGCUUAUAUUUGCAACAAUGGCAAUGGAAAUCCCCGGAGGCCUCUUGGUUACACAAAAAGGACAUCUCGUUUUGAAAUUGGAAGGGACAAUUAUGAAGAUGAUGAAUUUAGUGUUCCAAAUAGAAGUAGCAGUAUUCGAAGGGGCAAGUUAUUAUCGACUGACGGCCCCACAACUUGUGUUGGAGCAAAGGGAAAUUUACCCCACUGGCUCAGAGAAGCUGUUGCUUCUCCACCGCCAACUGUGCCUUCAACUGUUUCAUCAAUUGCUCAUUCAGAUAGGUUGAAUCUCACCCUUCUCGGAUUUGAUCCUCGGGGAUCACAUUUUGCGCCAAGAAAUGAAAUGCAGUCUACUUGUGGUGGUUUAAUAGUAAAUGACUCACAGCCAUUAAGUACUGCUCCUCUUUUCAACUACUCAUCGGUAGGACUAGGGAUGGGGAAAAGAAGGGAUUAUUCUCGUCACGCGGGUAAACAAGACGACGUAAUUAUUAUAGACAGCGAUGGUUCUUCUGAAGAGACUAUAUCUGAUGAUUGUAGUGCAAGGCUGUAGCUUCAAGGUAGCUUGGCAGGUGGAAUUCUGUUUGUAUAUACGGGAAGCUGUACAAAGGUGGUGUACACAGUUUGUUAUUCAGGCAAUUUGUAAAUGCAAGGAAUAAAAGGGAACUUGGAAGUCUAAAACAGACUGAUGAAUGGAUUGGUGGUUUAUGCUUAUAAGCGAAUUGUUCUCAUAAGUCAGCUGCGAAUUUUGUGAGGAAGUCAGCUGAUUAUGCACUGAAAUAAGCUGUCAUUCCCGUAACGUGGCACCAGGACCUACUGUAUAAAUAAAACAUUCUCAACCUGUAGAUGAUGAUGACGGAACCUAGUACUGUGUAUUGUGACAUGUCUGAUGUUCUAUAAGAUCAACUUUUCCAAGCUGGAAGAGGGUGGUACUUUCCGAUGGCACAGGAUAUCAACUAGCUAAGGAUAUAUUUGAUGGUAAGGUUUCAAGAAAAGAAUUCUUCGAAUUGCAGAUAAAACUUAUCCCGUUCAUGGUCGAAUCAAAUACGGAUGAUGAUGAGGAACAUUACAAGGAAGUCGCUCCCCGAGACCAUGAGAAAGACUAUGGAGAAGAAGAGAAGGUAUAGUCCUCCAUGUCAUGGGCAGGAGGAGGAGGAGCAAGAGAAGUGCUUGCACUUGUCCCCAACUCCUUGAGCUGCUUGACGGCGUCUGCGCUUUCCUGCAACUCCAGUGCGCACUCAAGUUCCACCUGCACUUCACCCAUCGUGGGCCGUUCAGCUCCUGUCCGACGCUGGCAUCUCACGGUGAUGUUCAUAAAUUUUUUCAAACAAUCUGGAGCUACUUUUCCCAUCAGAAAUGGAUCAAUCAUAGCAGGGAAAGUCCAUACCCUUUUCCCACGUUCAA